CUUAAUUAUUGCGGUUUGCAUUCUUUUUCAAUCCUGAUUACCGAUUUUUGCAUCUCCUGGGAGGGAUCCAUGCAUUGAUCUAUGAUUAGGAUUAAUGGCAGUCUUGUCGUUUCUGUUGUUAAGUGGUCUUCCGAUCCUCCUUUACAUGAGGUUUCCGCGAUUUUGUGUUCUCCGGAUGGACGCGAUUUGGUGUCAGCUUCUAUUGAUGGAAAUAUGAUACUCUGGAGUGUCGAUUCAAACGCCGAAUUUAAACCAAAAUGGAUGAUUUCUGGUCACCGGAGUCAUGUCAAGAAUCUAUGUCUAGCCGGUAUUUUUCAGUCAGAAAACAGAAAGCUGUUCUUCAGUCACUCUGCGACCAGUGAGAUGGCCCUUUGGGACUGGAACAACGGAAAGUGUUUGGAGUUCAAGAUCGAUACACGCUAUCGGCAUACACAUAUCAAGUCUCAUCAACCAACGUUUCUGGACUACCGGUUAUUAUUCUGUUGUGGGCAAUAUCCUCAUAUCGUUAUCAUCCAUGCAACAUCUCUGGUCGUGCUUUUCAACCUGACUUCUCAGUCGAAACCUGAUUGGAUCUCCAACUUCGCUGUUGUCUCUCACCCAAACAGACAACAUGAAGUUGUACUGGGCGUGUCUGCCUCAAAUGUUGCCGCACUGUGGACUCUUAAUGGCGAUGAAGUUCAGGAUGAAACGAAGUAUGAGCACGAGUCCCUCGUUAUCGAUUGUCUAUCCCCUAUUGUUCAAGUGGAUUGCUGUUCACAGACUCCUCGCUGCAUCCUAAUGGUGUCCUCUUUUGGGUGGCAACUCUUCGACGCGAUGGUAUGCUCCGUCGCACUACUCCAACCCACGACAAAACAGGAUCCUCUGGUUGGUGGUGAAUUCGUUGGCUCUGAUUCCGUGGUUGUCUAUUGCCGUUCUGGUGUAGCUCUGCUGUACCGGAUAGAAAUGCGCCAUCAGGCGGAACCCAGUGCUCCGUUGUCUUUCGAACCGCCGGUGCUUUUGAUGAGGUUUCUGCCGCCUACAAAUGGGGAUGAUAUAGUAUCAUCUGAAAACGGAUUUUGCCAAUUUUCGGUCAUUCACACUUCGAACAUGCCAGUGCUGCUUGGUGGAACAUUGAAUGGUGAAAUCUUGCGCUGGAACUUGGCGGAUGAACCAAAGACUGAAACCCACAGUCCAGUCGACAAAUAUCCCAACAUCAUAACUGGCCUGGUUGAUAUUUGGCGACGCAAUCCUCCUCACCCUUUUCUCCGUAACCUCUCCUGUGAAACCACCAACGAUGUGCGUGCCCCGGAGCCCAGUGUCACCGUGUGUAUUCAAUUGUUCCGCACCAGCGCACUUAAACCACGCGACACUCGCCCACAUCGUGUCGCGUUUGGUCUCUCGGAUGGAAGCAUUAUUGUCAUGCGGUUAACGGACUUCAUGCAAGCUGCUUACUGGACGUCAGACUUUCGGGCGAAUUCCAACACACCAAACGCCAACCAUUUACUGCAUCUGACUCGCUUCAAACUGACAGGCCAUGUGGGCCCGGUAACUAGCUUGCUUCAUCCUGCCAGCGCCAAUACACAGUUUAUCCAUACACUGGACCACGAUUCGACAGUCACCAAAUGCCCAUACGAUUGGGAUCACUUGGUCUCCGGUGGCGCGGAUUUUACUGUUAGACUGUGGGAUUUGGAUCCUUGGCGUGAGGCCGGGCUAGAUCGUGUUCAGGACAGACGCAAUCGUCUUCUUUCUGAUCGACUGGCCUCUUGUAUCACACCUCCAACCUGUUUGUCUGUGUUCCACUGCCAUUCAUCCCCCUGCAUAUCUUUGUUCAUUGGUCCCCCAACCUGUGCCGUGCUGAGUUCGUGUGCGGGGAACUCUCGCCUAAAUUCUUGUGUGGGUUCGGUUGGUUCGGACGGUUCUGUCUCAAUCAUCAGUUUACAUGAACAACGCGUGUUGUUGUCAACCAGUCCUCCGUGCAAGCUCUCUCCUUCACCGGUGAUCGCUCUGGGCUGGCGAGUUCCUGAAGAUCUUCUACUGGUUGUGCACGCGGACUGGGGUCUGGAAAUUUGGGAUAUUGCAUCCGGAAUCCUUGACCGGUGAGCGGUUUCUUUUUUCCACUCGUUACAAUGAACUUCUUUU